AAAUAUAAAACCGAGCAUAAUAACGAUAUAUCUACUGCAAUGAAUGAGCCUCCACAAUGCGUGGUUGCCAUAGAUAUAGGAAGUGCCAGCUGUGGAUAUGCAUUUUCUGCGGACUACACUUUUUGUAACAAUCCGUGUGAUGUGGCAACUUACAGAUGGUUUGCAGAAUUUGGUAAAUUUACAUCUCAGAAAACCCCAUCGGCCAUUCUAUUCGACUCACACCAACAGUUUGUUUCCUUUGGAUACAAUGCUCAGGAAAAAUAUAUCACCAUACUGGAAUCCAAUGAUCACAACAAUUGGUAUUACAUAGAAGGUUUCAAAAUGGCGUUGUAUUCUGCAGUUGAAGCCGAAGAAAGAAAACAGUCAGACCCAUGAUAUCACCACUGUGUUCUGUUUUUAGUAACGGUGGCCAAGUUUGAUCCGAAGGUUUCAAUAAUGUUUGUUAAAGGCUUAUUACGACGCACGACGACAGAUAUCUAGUGAUGGCAUUAAAUACCUCACAUAAACUUACUGUGCAAGAUAACAUCUGUGUCAUGUUACAAUCAACGACCAUGAGGACUUAUAUUAAAAUGUAUAUGUAUUCAAAACAACGUUUAAAGAUCACGUUAAAAUAUUAAAUAUUCAACAUUCAAAACAAUGGGUACAUUAAAGUGUAAUUACCGAUUUAAUCAUACGUUGUUAUAGCGUACAAGGAAGACAUCCUAGUACAUAAAAUUGCAUCAACGUGGGCAUUUUCUCUGACUUUGAAUAUUUAAACGGAACUGAAAAAAUAAAAACGAACAUAAUAACGAUAUAUCUACUACAAUGAAUGAGCCUCCACAGUGCGUGGUUGCCAUUGAUAUUGGAAGUGCCGGCUGUGGAUAUGCAUUUUCUGCGGACUACACUUUUUGUAACAAUCCGUGUGAUGUGGCAACUUAUAGAUGGUUUGCAGAAGUUGGUAAAUUUGCAUCUCUGAAAACCCCAGCGGCCAUUCUAUUCGACUCACACCAACAGUUUGUUUCCUUUGGAUACAAUGCUCAGGAAAAAUAUAUCACCAUACUGGAAUCCAAUGAUCAGAAUAAUUGGUAUUACAUAGAAGGUUACAAAAUGGCGUUGUAUUCUGCAGUUGAAGCCGGAGAGGAUGUCAGAGAUGACUUCAGUAUAAAAGAGAUGGGUGGUAAGGCAGUGUCAGCUAAAACGGUAUUUUCCUCUACUAUCAAAUACUUCUAUGGCCAUUUUUUGAAAGAAGUGCAGGAACAAAAUCAUAGCUUUCAGAGAGAAAAAGUACAUUGGAUUAUAUCCGUACCUGCUAUUUGGACAGAUCCUUGUAAACAGUUCAUGCGGGAAUCGGCGAUAAUGGCUGGUAUACCGGGAAAACAAUUUUCACUUGUCUAUGAACCAGAAGCAGCUUCUAUCUACGCUAGGUUUCUACAGAUUGAUAAAGUUGACGCUGGACAAAAUAAAACUAUUCUAAAGACAUUCCAACCAGGAACCAAGUUACUUGUAGUAGAUGCUGGUGGUGGAACAGUUGACAUAUCUGCGCAAGAGGUGCUGGAUGAAUAUGGUCUGAAAAUAAUACACAAAGUCAGAGGUGGAGACUACGGCGGUAACUCGGUCAAUAUGGCGUACAGACAAAUGUUAUUUCGACUGUUCUCAGGCCCAAGUCUAUUAAGAUUUAAGAAAGAAUAUCCAAUGGAUUAUAUGGAAAUGAUGAGGUCUUUUGAGAGAACAAAAAUCAGACCUACAAAACCCGACGAUAAAACUGUUUCUACAAUGAUAGCAGCUCCACUGCUAGAAAUCAGCGAGGAGGAAAGUGAAUGCAAUAUUCAUGAAAUCAUAAAAAGUUCACAAUACGCUAAUCAACUUCGCGUCAAGAGGGAUAAACUUUUAAUAAAUCUUGCACUUUUUAAAGAAUUUUUCGAACAUUCACUAAAUGAAUUAGUGAUUGACAUGAAGGCGGUUCUUGAGCACAAACGAUGUGCUGAUGUAUCGGCAGUGAUGUUAGUUGGUGGUUAUGCAGAAUGUGAAUUACUAAGAAAUAUCGUAACACAAACAUUCCCGCAAAAAGAGGUUUUUGUACCGCAUGAAGGUGGUCUAUCGGUUCUUCGGGGAGCGGUUAUUUACGGGCAUACACCAAAAAUCGUAUCAUCUCGUAUCUGUAAUUAUACAUAUGGUAUUGCAGUCAGUAAACCAUUUAAAGCCGACGUCAUGCCUAUAGACAAAUGUUAUGAACAUGAUGGAGAACUCUGGUGUCGCGAUAUCUUUGAAAUCAGUUAUAAAAUUGACACCGUUGUCAAUAUCGGCGAUAAAAAACAAAUAGAACUGAAUGAUACUUUUCUUUUACCUGAAGUCCAACAUAGAAGGGAGGAGCCACUCAGAGUUGACAUCGUUAUAUCAGACAAAGAGGAUCCUAAAUUUAUAACAGAUGAAGGUUGUAGGAAGCAUGCAAUGAUAAUUGUUCAGCCACCUAAAGGCCAGUGGCCACAGGAAGUCCAUGGUUAUGUCGAAUUUGAAAUAGCAGGAACAGAAAUGAUAGGAUCUUACAUUAAUAGUGAAACCAAUGAUAGAACCUCGAUAAUAAUUGAAUUUCUUCCACGAAAAGAGCAGAGAGUUGGUAAUGACAGUGAAAGACGACGCAUAUUUGAUCCGGAUCGAAUUGACACGGACAACGAAUAGAAAAGAAUAUGCUUAUUUUUGCUUAAAAUCUAUAUUUCCUAGUCUACAUGUUAAAUGUUGUAAUAAUAUUUAAAACGUUGCAUUAAAAUACACACAUUUUUUCAAGUCUAAAAAACUGUUUACCAAUAUGUUCACAUCAUUCUGUAAUGAAUGCAACCUAACAUCAUUGUAACCGAUAACUUUAAAAUAUCCAAUAUUUAUAAAACAGGCUCUGCAGAAUA